AACAUAUUACACUUGACAUUUUGACAUGUUGAGUGCAGCAUCGCCAAUCAAAGUUGAAGAGUUCAAGUGACGUGACGGCUUGCCAAAACGACAGCACAAAUAAAUAACAAAAAGCACACAAAACUACAACAACAACAACACACAUUUGUGAAUGCAGACCACGGCGGACAAAAGAGACAAAGCGGAGGUGACACGGCAAAUGCGAACAAAAGAGGAAAUCAAAUAAUAUGCAAAUGAAGUAAAAAGUAGCAAAGUGUAAAGGAAGUGGAAAACAGUUAACAAAAACAAACAAGGCAAUAAAGGAGAUUUUGCGAAACGAAUUCGACUGAAUAAAAUUGAUGAGCCAAACAGAGCAGCUGCUGCUGCCGAAAACAGCGACUAACGAAAGGAGCAACAGGAAUCAAUAAAAAGCGAGCUACAACAACAAUAACACUUAGUGUGGCUAGAAAGCAGCAAACAAAACAGAAAAGUUAAGCUCAAGGCGGACACAAAAAUUAAUUGAAAUUGAAGAGGGUCCACAGGCGGCCGCCCGAAACGUGACGCGUAAGGACUUCCAGGCAGUCAAGCACUCGAGCAAGGCGACCGGAAGACAACAAAGCGCGAGUGCCAAGUGGACGCGGUGUACGCCGCAAUGAAAAAGCUACCCGUGGCUAUAUUGGCCAGCACUUUGCUGCUGUGGCAGACGACGGCGCUGGCGGGGCGCCUCGUGAAGCGCAGCUACUCCGAUCAAAGCGUGCACGGCUACCAGACGGAGCGCACAUGCUGGUGGAACGAGGUGUGCAAGGAGGAGUUUCAGAAUCUCUUCCGCUGCAAAUGUCCACAAUUCUCAUACUGCCGCUCACCAGGACGCUACUACAAUGCGUAUUGUUCAAUGACCGACACCGGCUAUAUAUGGACGCAGCCAACAUGGGACUGGGUGCCUUGAAUGCUGCCACCGCCGGUCUACUGCCUACAUAUUUAAGUGCUUAACACACACCAACACACACACGUAUAUAUCACAUACUUAUACUUAUGCACCCACAUAUGCCUAUAGUUAGGAUAGAAAAUAUUCAAAAGCAACAAAAACAAUGAAAAUCGUAAAAUAUAUUCAUAUAUAGUAUAUGAUAUGUAUAGUCUUACAUACUUAUAAAUAUACAUACAUAUGUAUAUUAAAGCUACUCUAGGCACAAAAAGUGCUUAUUAUUAACAUAGACAUAUUAAUGGUGCUCUAAAACACAUAUUCCAAGUAAAAAGAUAUUUUACACAAACAACAAAAACACAUUCACAAACAUAUACAACGAAUUAUAAUUGUACCGUUAUUUACAAAAAUUGUUUGUAGAACAGCUUAAACAUAUUUACUUUUGUAGUCUACCUUGAUCCCGCGCUUGAGCUACUUUUCUUAUAUGGUAAAUACCACUGUGUUGUUGUUGUUGUAGCGGCCGAAUUCUGCCAAGUUGACAGUACUUAGCCGUAUAAAAAAUCCGGGUCCGUUCCGGCCAUGACUGACGUCGUACCAUUAUUUAUAUCGUCUGAUCAGAUUUGAACCGGCCUGACAAAAACUAUAUUUUCAGAUAUUUUAAAACACGUCUUUCUUAACUCUAGAGCCAAUUCAGCAAGCGUUGGGCUUAAUCAAACUUUUUACUUACUUUUUAUAAUCCACAGCUGGUUUAUCCUUCAGUGCCUUCAGCGAAAUUUUUUUGUUUCGAUUUCGACUCAUUCUUGAAGUGCCAUUCGUUAGAUUGUUGGCUAGUUCCGACGUCAUAUUCAUAAACUUAGGACUCAUCACUAGUAUUGUUGCCCUUGAUUAAAGUAGGGUUCCCAGCAACGUUAACAAGCAUCUCUUUCCUAAAAUCUUGACAUCUCUUUUGCAAAAGAUUCAGAACUUUUGAUACGAGUCCAGUGUCGACACGCUUUAUGCCCAGAACAUUAACCAAACUGUGUUGAGUUGAUCCAUUAGAGAUGCUGAGUGAUGAUAUUUUCGCAAAAGAUUCAGAACUUCAGGUACGAGUUCAGUAUUGAUACCCAAAAAAUUAACCAGAAUGUGUUAAAUAGAUCCAUAAGAGUUGCUGAGUUCCUCUGCUAUAUCUCUAAUGCCAACACGACGAUUUUGAGGGACUACUUCUUAAAUUUUUCAGUGUUAUUAACAGAGUUUGCCGCACGACUCGUUUAAGGCAAACUUUCGAUGACUUCACGACCUUCACUAAAUGCUCUGUGCUACUCAAAUACUUGUAUUCCUUAUAAAGUGGACUCCACAAAACACUAGCGCGAGUUUUCAACUCAAGCACACUCUUAUUGACUACAAUACAAAUUUUGAAAUAUUCCGAGUCCUUUUUUGCCACGAUGUAAUAGAAAAUCAAACAUAGUGAACGAACAUAAAAAACGAUUUUAGGAAGAAAAGACUUUAUCCAAUUGGUUUGCGCGAGUAGUUUAGUUAUAUGAACCAAUGAAUAUCAAAAUAUGGGGAAUAUACCAUAGAGUCUUGAAAUCUUACUUUAACCGUACUAUAAAUGAACCUUAAGAUAACAGUAUUCUCAUAAGAUGUCUUAUAGAUCAUUCUAGACCCUUCUAGAGAUCUAAAACGCCUCUGGCAGAGCUUUAAUAAGAAAUAAUGUCAAUAAAUACCCAACAAUGAGCUUGUUUGCGACAAGAUUUUAUAAAAAAUAUUUCCAUUCUAAAAUGAAAUUCUGGACGAUCUUAGUUUAACAAAACUCGCUAUGUAAGAUCCAUAAUAAGUUUGGAAAUAUUCGUUUGUUUCUGUUGGGCAAAAUACAUUCCACAAUUCCGGAUCCGCUCCGGUUACGUAGAUCAAUCUGUCUCAGAGUCUGUCCUAAGAGUGUGUAAGGGGUUACAUGAGUUUCCUUGGGUAAAAACAGCCUUGUUUCAACAAAUUUUUUCUCAUAUAAAAAAUUAAAUGUUUUUUUAGAAAUUUUUAUGGUUACAAACAUACACUACAUAUUAACAAAGAAAUUCUGAAAUUUUUGGAAAAAAUAUUUUAAACUUGGCCAUUGCGACGCCAUUUUCGGUGAUCCCUCUGAAAAAGAUGCGCCCGCGUUGGCAGGAUAACUUCUUACAGGAUCAUCUAAAUUAAAAAAAUAAUAAAAAAUAAAAAUAAUACUUUUAGUUAAACCAUAGAUUAGAACUUGGACGAAGGAAAAUUGCAUUUUUGGCAGACAUUUUUACAAAAAAAUUAAAACUUCGCAAUUUUUUUUUUUUCAAAUAUUUGUAAUCGAAAAAAAUCCUUCGAGCAAGUCUUUAAGAAUUGUAUUUUAAAGACCUGUGUAAAAUUUCAUGAAGAUCGGUUGAGUAGGUUCUCGAGAAAUCUUGCCAACCGACUUCAAAAACACAGUUACGAGUAAAACGCGUUUAAAGACGACGCACUUAGCCUAGCUAGCCUAGAGCGCACAAAUUCUCUAGGCCGCAUCUAAGAAUCUAUUACUCGGACAAUUUGAAAAUUUAGGACAACAUUCUGGAGGUGUUGUCGAAUUUAAGAAGACAAUAAAAAAAUCAAUUUUUUGAAAGCACAUGUAACCCCUAAAUUAAAUUUUUAAUACCUAAAUAUCUCGACAUCAAAGUUUUCAUUUCGUAUCCUUGAUUUUUUGAGAAAUAGCGGCCUUAAAAAUCCAUAACCUAACCUAACCUUAUUUAUGAACUACACGCCAACAUUAACCUCACAAAAUAUAGAAAAAUCUCAUCAUAGUACAACAUAGAAUUCCACACACAUAUCUUUACGAACACAUACUAACACACAACCCUUGAAAGCUUUCAUGAACGACCAAUCAACUAUGCUUCCAAAUUAGUGAACCUUAUACAUUAUUAGAAUGAGAGUACAUUAUUUAUGUAUACCCUAAACAUACAUACUUAUAUAUGCAUAAGGGCACAGAAUAUACAUAUAUACAAAUAUAUAUAUGUAAAUAAUCGAAAAACCAACGCAAAUGCGAAAUUGAUCAUAUCCACGAAAACGUUUUACCUUGUUAACCCUAAAGACUUAUUGCUGCAACGUCAUACCAUUUAGUGGGCGAAGCCAAACACAUACAAACACAUUCAUACAUACAUAUAGAAUGCACAGCACAGUUGUAGUUAUGCAAAAGGUUACAAAAUAUAUUGUUAUUACUGCAUAUCACACAUGUCAGAGUUAUGCUAAUUAUAUCUACUCACAUAUACAUACAUACAUACAUAUGUAUAUAAUAUAUAUACAAAUGCUACAUUAAGUAUUAUAUUGUUGAUGACGUUUUAUUAAAUGACAUAUUAAUAAAUCUGCCAAUUUGAAAACACGCAAAUAUAUAAUAUAAUUACAUACAUACAUAUGUACAUACA